AUGCAGAUGUGGCACGGCGAUAUCCAUUGUGUUACCUCCUAUAAUUUUAUCGAGGCUGAUUUACGAUCGAUUGUUCGGCCGGUGGACAGUCGGCGGGGCGGUGUGUGCGUGCGCCGGCGCAUGUGUGCGCCCGUGCGUGCCUACCAGCGCGUCGCGACUUACCUGCAGAUGGCGCUCGGAUGUGACCAGUUCUCUCGCCGCACAACGCCCUCG